AUGACCCAACAAGCUACUUUGCUUCUUAAAAAACAAUUAGCUGAACUUAGAAGACUCCCAGUCGAAGGAUUCUCUGCUGGUCUCGUGGAUGAUGACAACAUUUUCAAAUGGGAAGUUUUAGUUAUUGGCCCACCUGACACUCUUUAUGAAGGAGGAUUUUUCAAAGCCACUUUAGAUUUCCCCGGCGAUUAUCCUCUCAAACCGCCCAAAAUGAAGUUCGUAUCAGAUAUCUUCCAUCCAAACAUUGACAAAGAUGGUAAUGUUUGUAUCUCGAUUCUUCAUGAUCCAGGAGAUGAUAAGUGGGGUUAUGAAAGACCUGAGGAACGUUGGCUUCCAGUGCACACCGUUGAAACUAUCUUGCUUUCCGUGAUUUCUAUGCUUGCUGAUCCCAAUUUUGAAUCUCCUGCUAAUGUUGAUGCUGCUAAAAUGCAACGGGAAAACUUCCCAGAUUUCAAGAAACGGGUUGCGGCUUGUGUGCGUAAAAGCCAGGAAGAAUAG